UUAAUUAUGCAGGAGGAAUAAUUCAAUUGUCUAGCUUAACAAACCGCAAAAUCCCUAAUCAAAUGAUGUGCGGCCUGAAUGGCUCUUUAUUUUUAGAUUCGCAUCUUUUCUUUGCGCAAAUAAUUCAACAUAAAGAGGAGUGAAGUAUUGCUGGGUUGGAAACAGAGACAGUUGUAGAAAAAAUCCAACAAUUUGAAAGAAAGAUUUCAAUCCGUCUAUUGUCCAAAUGGGACUUUUCAUGCUCGCCACGUUGCUUCUCAAUAUUUUCUGCUAUGCUUCAAUAAAGUCAGAUGAGAGUCAAAGUACAAGCAAAUCUGCUUUCGAAGAAGUGCACAACCCAACUCAGAUAACGACAAGCACGUUGCAUAAGACCUUCCAUCAAUGCAGCCUCGAUAAAACCUGUCGUUACGUUGUUAAGGAUAUCAAGAACCACAUUUUUCAUCGAUUUAGAGUUGAGCAAGAUAUCCCGACCGAGAGAUCAAACUUCGUUAUAUGGUCUAAGAAACAAGCAAGAAGAGGCGUUCAAGGAAAUAUCGCUUAUAAAAAACCGUCCUCGCAUUCAUCUGCUCAUAAAUAUGAUGGAAUUACAUUAAUUGCCAGCUUUGGAAAUGACGGUGACAAAACUGGGGCCUGGCAGCGAUGCAGUAUCACAAAAGCUGAUAUAGUACCCUGGUGGCAAGUAGACCUUACAAGGCAAGCUGCUGUCACAAGUGUCCAAAUAAGAAGUGGCGCAACUUGGGGUCAAGAAAAAAUCAAUCCAUUCGAUAUCAGUGUCGGGGAUGAUCGAUCAAGUGGCGGACGAAACAAUGCGCUUUGCGUAAAAGAUGGAAGGUUGGCAAUUGGUGAAUUAAAAAUAUUCAAUUGUCCAAGGCUGUUGCUUGGUCGGUAUGUGACUGUGUUCUUGAACAGGCAAGAAUAUCUUCAAGUAUGUGAGCUUGAGGUUUACGAACUUCAAACGGAGUUGUUCGUGUAAAGUAUCGUUAUUGGUAAAUUAUGAAACAUUAUGAAACAUACUAAGGCUUUUCGUUUAACACUCUUCAGAGUAAAAAUCGUCAGAACACAUAUCAAAUAUGUUUCAUUUCUGUCCUUCUUUGCAUUAAUUAUAUAACUUUUGCGCACUUUUCUCUCUUUUAUGUCAUCAAAAUAUCGAGAAUCUUUGGGAUACUGUUCUGUUCUUUUGUUCAACUGGCAAACAAUCAAUUCCUUUCUAUGUUAAUAGAUUUGCAUCGAUGCUCCAUGAUGCCUUCAGUCUUGUACAUCUGUUUGCCAAAUUUCCAAAGAAUGAAAUGCAGAUCAUAGCUUAAAAAGCUCCACAAAGAAGUUUGCAAAUAUUUUGUAUGGCAGACGAAGUAUUUUUCUAUUUACAGUUACAGAAAUCACCAGCAGCAAUAAUCUAAAAACGAUUUAUUUCUUAGUCAAGUCUCUUUUUACAAGCCGGUUUUUACAAAUGCAAAUAGUAGCUAUUGCAGGUGUAGACAGGUAGAGGCGCAUCAAGAACGAACAAUAAUGACUGUAUGUAAAUUUCAGUAACUUUUGAUCAAAGUUAUAUAUGUUACAAAUUCUUUGUCCAUAAAAAUUCCUCAUCUAGAACAAGUUCUUCUGAAUUUUUAACCUGGUCAGGUUUUUUUAUUCUUCCUGCACAACUGUUUAAGGUUUGUCACGCUUUCAAGCCAGAAUAUUCUCAAAAUUUUAAGAAAAUUUUGAAACAUUAGUUCUUUAUUUUGUGAUUACUUUUGAAAUAUUUUUGAAUACUCUGAAUACCAAGUGAAUACUUUUUAUAAAGUAAAACUAUAUAAAAUGAUGUUAAAAUAAAUUCAAUUGAUAAUGCAUAUUCUUUUAUCAGAAAGCUGGAAAAUUUUGUUAUUUCACUUUAUACUGGAAGAAAACAGCUCACCCCAUGCAAUCUUUGAGCAUUCUUACCACUGACCAUCAAGUGAUUUCAUUUGUUCAAAAUGUGGAAGAUAAGACUUAGAUGACGUAAUGGUAGAAGACUUGCCUUGAUAAUCAAUUGUUUAUUAGAUAUUUGUUAUAGAAUGCUCCAAAUCUCUCGCUGUACAUGGACUGCUUUAACAACUUGUGCAAAAUAUAUUUUCUGAAUAAGUUUGAUAAAUACGCUUAAUAAAAUGCAAAUGA